AGAGAGAGGAAGAAGAAGCAGCUGCUCUCCAGUAACAGGGUAAGAGCAGCUAACUCCAGUCUCCUGUCAUGGAUACUAACGCUGGGGAAGUAGAGGACUCAGGAGAAGAGCUUACAGGGAGGAAGAAGUCUCGGUUCAAGCUGCUGAAGAGUCGUCUGUUUGGCCGUCUGAAGAGGAAGGAGACUGAAGGACUGAUGAAGCAGAGCCAGUCCGCCAGUGAUGUCACUGCUGAUGUCAUAGCUCUGGGGGACAACGACUCAGAGGAUGACUGUUUGGGCGGUCCAAAUACACUGGGGUCCAGAGCUCUGUCACAUGACAGCAUCUUCCUGGCUGACCAAUCACAGAGCUCCUCUGAGCCGACGAGGGUUCUGUCUCAGGAGAACGUACACGGCAGGAUACGAGAACUGCAGCUGAAACUGCAGCAGCAGAACAUGUGUCUGGGCCCUCCCCCCUUGCUGAUCCCUGGAAAGAGAAUGGAAGAUUCCGGAGCCACCUCUGAGGAUGAUGGUUUACCCCAGAGCCCUCCAGAGAUCUUGUUCCAUGACCGAACAGCACAGGUGCCUUCCUACAAGUUCCCUGACACUCACAGGCACCAUAGCUCUCUGAGUUUAGCAGGGACAGGAAGUGAGGAGGAGGAGCAGUGCCUCUCCCAGCCCUCCUCCCGUCCUCUCUCCCCGAAUCCUGCUUCCCCCUGUGAUCCAGAGCCCUCCCCUGCAAUGGACUUCACCAGCCCAGCCCAGUACACUCCUAGCCUGGACAGCUCUGCCGCCCGUCACCGCAUGUCUGUUAAACCCAGGAACCAGAGGGCCAGCGCCAAGGGAAGGAAAGGUCCCCUGAGAGCAAGCAGACUCGGCUCAGAGAGCCUGAGUGACCUGGACCCAGACCAGCCCCAGUCUGAGAGGGAGGAAGAGCAGGAUGGAAUGGAGGACGAGGACAGAGAGGAAGAGGAGUGGAGGGAGCGACCGUUCUCUUCAUCUCCAAAAGACUCUGAGGAGAAGCCCUGGCAGUCAGUACCCCCUGGUGGUCAGAAAGAGGUAUUACAGAGACAAGUGUCCUCUGAGACAGAGGGACGCGUCACCACCAACCCUCUCUACCUCCAGGCUAUGACCUCUCUACCAGAACCCAUGACCAAGACCUCCAUCCUGGAGACCCCGAGCCUGCCCACUCCCCCUUCAGCAGCAGUGGAGGAGCCACAGAAGCCCCCGGAACCUAUCCGGGUCAAACGCCCAAGAACUCUCAUCCAGGAUAAUUCAGACCAGGGAAGUCGGCCUGGGUCUACAUCUGAAAAGACCCUCUCCAGGCCUCUAAGUCCUGUCUAUGGAUCAAAUAAGGUCACUUCCACCACAAAUCAACUGCCAUCAAAAGAGAAGCCAGAAGAGAAUAUGACCCCAGCCACCUCUAACAAGGGAGACAGGUUGAGCAGAAACACACAGGGUGUGAGCCUAGCAGACACCAGCAGCUCUACACACCACUCUGCUCUACCUACCCCUGCCCCUCGCGUUAUAAGACAGACACAGAGACCUGCUUCUGAGAGAGCGUCUGUCAGAGAGACUACAGCAGUCCCACUGUCGGGCGUUAAUGAAGAAACCUACAAAUUGGACCUGGUGCAGAGGAGGAGAGGGCUACCUACUGGCCAUGAAGACACACUGCCUAGAGCAAACAGUUUCUCCACCUCCUCCUCAAGACAGCGUUCCAAGAGCGCCACUGGCAGUGCCCACACAGGGACGAGAAACGAGGAGAUGAAUGCAGAAGGAAAAGGAGGGGAGGGUUUGGUGGCCAAGAACCCUCAUCAGGAGUCUGUCAGAAGGCAAGAGGUAAAACCAGAGCAGGCCACAUUUAAAGGCCUGAAGGAAAACCAACCACAACCCGCGCCUCAGGAGAGAAAAGUACAAACAGAGGUAGAAGUAGUGGAGGAGACAGGACUGAAGGGAGGAGAGAAAAGGGAUGGGCAGAGUGAGGGAAAUGGGGAGAAGGAGCAGGAGAAGGAGCAGGAGCAGGAGAGGAGGAGUGCUUUCGGAGUGAAGCUGCGCACCACUUCUCAGUCUCUGAAGUAUCGCUUGCAAAGGGACCAAGAAUUCAGGGUUAAGUGUCAUAUUGUCUCAACAACUGCAGAACCAGUCAAAGGCGAAAUUGGCACAAGUUCAAAGGUCAGGGGUGACUUGGCAAAUAAGGCUUCGAGGAAGGGCCCGUCACAAGUGUCUGACUGCCCCCCCUCAUACACCCCUGACAGAAACAGACUCAACGAGAACCAAGAUGAUGAUGAUACUGACCUGGUAGUAGAUGCCUUUUUAGACCCAGACAAAGGCCCAUCCUCCAGACCUGCUCUGGGGCUCCCAAGAGGGGCUGAGACCCCUGGGCCUAAUGGGUCAGCUGGAUCGGAGCCUGUCUGGAUGUCCAUGGCCCGGGAAAAGACUAGGAGUCUCCAACAGCAUCUCAGUCCAGAGACAGAGCCUGGGACAGGGGGGACAGGGGGGACAACAACGCCCCAGUACACCCCAGCACCACGGCCAGCUCCAACCCCAGCCCCACAGCCUAGAUUACAACCAACAGCUCAGCCAUCAACACAACCUCCAUCACAAUCACAGCCAAGCACAAAAACAGCCUCGCAAAAUCAAACAUCAGCCCCAGUGGUACAACCACCAUCUCAACCAAUACCAAGCGGUAGACCAAUCCUACGGGGAAUGCAACUGACAGCUAAACUCACAACAUUACCUUCAGAUCAGCCUAACACACAAACAGCAUCACAACCUACACCACAAGGAACUGCUCAACAGCUGACACAACCGUCCUCCCAACCUCACAUGCCAACCAGACCAACUCUACGAGGAGCGUCUGAGAGAUCCUCCACGUCUCCGAAGAGAGCUGCGAAGAUGCCUGUGGAGAAAUGGACAGAAAGAGCACUCCCGACUGGGACUAUGGAGGAAUCUAGCAAUGGUCAAAUUGAGAUUCACAUCGCAAAGCAUGAGAUACCUUCUUCAUCGUCAUCAUCAUUGUCACACCGGGGUCAGCCAACCUGGAUGGAACUUGCCAAGAGGAAAUCUCUGGCCUGGAGUGACAAGACUAUGGACUAAGAGAAAUGCACGUGGGUGUCUGUGUGUGUGUGUGUGUGAGGGAGGUAAAGGUGUUCCUAAAGAGAGUAAGAAGACUGAAAUAAAAUAAUGAUUUUUUCCUGACUUUGUUACUUGAACCUACUGGAUUCAGAGUAUGAGUUUAAAACCCAUUUCCCAUUACCGUGCCUUAUUCUUCUAACCAUUAAAUAAAUAAAAAACGACUUAUAUUUCACGUUGGCCAGACUGAUGCUAAACUAUUGCAUAUAACAUCACUAAACCAAGAGGUCUGGACUUUUAUGGCACAAGAGGGCAUACUCUUGUCCUGUAACUUGUUGGUUGCUGGUUCAAACUCUGCUUCAGUUUUUUCACUGCUUUUGACAUAUCACUCCAUGCUAGAUCCCUUCUAACUACUGUCUCAAAGUGUUGUCUGGAAUAAAUAUACUGUCA